AGUAGUGAAACGCGCGCGAGUCGUGUUGCCGCGCGUCGUUAUCGCGUGUACGUACAAAGUUUUUGUGAUGUAACAAAGUGCCUGUGUCCAAGUGUUAUCUGCAGACGUAGUGUUGACGUUAAUAAGAGCAUUGUCUCGCCGUGUUUACGUUCCGUUUGUCGAUUGUUUCGCGUACGGAAAAAAUUAACACAAUGACACUAAAAAACAGUUUACUUAACAUAUACAAGUGACAUCCCAGUAAGUUAAAAAAUAAAAAUUAAGUGAUGUCUCCCACAAAGUGCAAAAAAUUUAAAUUCAAACGGUGAAACAAGAUGGCCGUGCGGCAUGACGUCACUAAUAUGGACACCACGUUCCUCACAGCUGAUCCUCCGCCGAUCACGGGGCUCGAGUACCAACCGAAAACCGAUCUGGCGUCGGAAUACUUCAACACUUUCAAUCAAAUAUGCGAAAACUAUCGUUCGGAAACGGACAACAACCUUCGGCAAACAUCGGACUCGCUCCGAUUGUCUUCGGAGAUCCUCGACGGUGUUCGGUCGGAGUUCAUAAGCACAGACUUUACUAAAGUGUAUAAGGACGAUUUUGGUCCUAGUGAGGCGGACAAAGUGUUUUUAAGUGCGAAGGAUGAACAGAUAUUUCAAUUCGGACAGCCUGAUGCGUCAGCGCUGUUGCGACACAGGGCCAGGAGAAGAUACAAUGAGGAGCACGGGAUUCCUGUUCCAGCGGUGACCAGUCAGGAAAGUGGGUAUGGCAGCGAUGAGUUCGGCCACGACUCGCCCAGUCGGUACGCGUCGCCGAAGGGCGCGGGCGCGGGCGCAUCGUACCAAGAGCCGUACUACACUGGCGGCGAGUGGGCUGCCGGCUACUACCAGCCGCCGCCGCCCUACCAGCAUGACCCGUAUGCCACGUCGCCAGGCAUAGCGGGCGGUGCUGUGGGCGGCGCGGUGGGCGGCUCGGUGGGUGUGGUGGGCGAGGCGGCGGGCGGCGGCGCGGAGUUGCCGCUGCCGCCGAUGUCCUCGUUCCGCGCAGCAGCACCACACCACUCGCCCAACGACCCUAUGCUCGUGACCAAACCGCCGCUGCAGCCCAUGUACGGCGGUGGCGCGAGCACCCCGACGGUGGUGGGCGCCGAGGGCAGCGUGUCCUCGUACUCGUCGCCGUCCACGCCGGUGCACUCCCCGCCGCCGCUGCACGCGCCCACGCGCCUUUACUCACACAAACACGACCACUUACAUCACGCCAAUCAGCAGUCGAGUUGGGCGGGCACGGGCGUGUCGUCGCCGCCGAGCGCGGCCACGCCGCACGGGCUGGCGCCGGCGCCGCCCACCGCGCUGCCCAACGGUCACCACCAGCACGUCGCCGUCUUCCCGCCGCCAGUCAUGGGCGCGCCGGCGGAACAGCGGCAUCUCGACGAAGCUAUGGUGUUCUUGAGAGAGCACUCCGAUGUCGUUGGCGCGCGCAUGGAGGAGCGGUUGGACGACGCGAUCAACGUGCUGCGCAACCACGCCGAGGCGCCCGACCUCUACCCGCACGAGCUGCACCACCAGUCGCCCGCAGUGUCGCGGCUGGGUGUGGGCGGCGCGCUGCCACACUUGCACUCCGAACCGCCCGUCAAGAUGGAGCGACAUGUCCUACCCAACACUAAGAAACGUAAAGAGCCGCCGGACUCCGGGCUGGACUCGAAGCCGUCGUCGUCCGGCUCGGCGGACGCGCUCGCACUCCCCAAGCAGCCGCUCUCAAAGCGAUCUCGCAGAUAUUGUUCGUCGGCGGACGAGGACGACGUGGACCCGGACACGAAGGCGGCGCGCGAGAGAGAGCGCCGCCAGGCCAACAAUGUUAGAGAGAGAAUAAGGAUAAGAGAUAUAAAUGAAGCGCUGAAGGAGCUCGGGCGCAUGUGCAUGACGCACCUCAAGAGCGACAAACCGCAGACCAAGCUCGGCAUCCUCAACAUGGCCGUCGAGGUCAUCAUGACACUCGAGCAGCAAGUGAGAGAGCGCAACCUGAACCCGAAGGCGGCGUGCCUGAAGCGGCGCGAGGAGGAGAAGGCGGAGGAGGCGCCCAAACUGCUCGCCGCGCCGCUACACCACUACCAGCCCAUGCAGGGCAUGGGUCAACUCCCGGGCCAGCCGCCGACGGGCCCGCCGCAGCAAUAGCGACGCCCGGCGCGCCCCGUGCGGCCGCACGCGCUGCCCUAGCACUCGCCCCCCCGCGCCCCGCGCCCCGCGCCGCCGCUAGCUGCCCACACAUCCCUCCCACAUCGCCCGCGUCGCCCACAUAACGCCCACUCGAGACAAACGAAUAAUUCUCGGGGCCUGCCAAGUUGAGUGAGCAAACAGCGUUUUUACUGUGGGGCGUUAUGGUAUUUAUUUUUAAAUUGGCAACAUGUUUAGUGUUGCCAGUUAUAUUUUAAAAUUUGAGCUGAAUAUCCUGUUGAUCGGGAGAAUGAGACACAUGUACUGUUUAAAAUACAUUGUGUAUUUUAUUUUUAUGUUUUUUGUGCUGGUUAAUUUUUUUAUGGCAAUACACGUGCAGCUAGCACCACUUUGUAUAUACUACGAGAUUUGUGAGUUAUUAUUUUUAUUCCCAGUGUUCAAUAUGCUUGGAAAUUUUUGAUUGGUCUUAUCUGACGCGACGAAAAGGAAAAUCGCACUGUACUGCAAAAAUACUUUUUUGAAAGACAAAACACCAUCAGACGAUAAAUUACGUCAUUAAUAUUUAUACAAUAAAACCUUAUCAAACCUGUAAUAUAUUCUUACAUCUGGCUAAAAAUCAAACUACAACAUAAUACUUAAAUUCUUAUCACAUAUUCUUCAAUCUUUUUAAUUUACACUUUACAAAUAAUGGUUGACUAAAAUAAUUUCAAAAUAUAUAUAGACUAAUAUUUGUGUAGUUUCCAAACGCAGACCACUUAAAAAUUUCCAAACGUGACAUAAAUUUGGAAAAGGUCUACCCGGCACAUUGUCCCAAAGAUUAUCCUCCGCGACAAAAAAAAACCGUAAGCAGUGCGUAGUGACUUAAAUUUCGGACUUCAUAGUAUAAGUGUGUAUAAUAUUAGUAUAGCAUAUAGUUUUAUAUACGAUACAUGCAGUUCGCGAAUGAGAUGCGCAAGCAAGUCUUACCCCAAAGACACUUUGACAAGGUGAGAUUGAAGCGACGGGGAAGUAAAAAAAAAACUUUUUGUAAUAUACUAGUGUAGUUAUACAUCUGUAUAAGUAUAUAGUGGUUAUAUUAAAUCUAUGAGAAAAUGAUAUUUUUAAUUACGAUUUUAAUAAAACAAACUUAUUAUUUUUUUCGGCUGCCAUAAGUGUAGAAUAAGUGUUGGAGCUUUCGUCCGUGGAUCGCUGUUCUGUGCCGACAUGUUUAUACAGAGAUCGUGUUAUGCGAUAGAUUUUAUGUAAAAUCUUUUAGUUGCAUGACAAACAAGUUGCAUAGGGCUUGAAUACGUGUGAAUGCAUGUACAAUUGUACAAAACGUGCGUAUAAUUCGAUCUCUGUUACAUAUGCAUCUGUGACUACUAAAACUCGACUCUUAACUCUAUUCGAGAUGAAAAAGGACAUAUCUAUUCGACUUUCCACACUUUAAUGGUCACCCAAUUAUUAACCGUAAAAACAUAUGUAAUAUAAACACUACACAAUAGCAAUUACUGUUAAUAUCUAUGUGCACUAUUUUACAAGUAGCAUUCUUUUAAAUUCUUCCGUCAUUUUGUCACCUAAACUUAAAGCGAUUGAUUUUGCACUAAUCUAACAAUUUAUCGACAUGUCUGUUUCGUCUCGAGAUAGAGUUAGUGUCGCGUUUCGCGCGUUUGGAACCAAAAUAUUUUUAUUUGGGACUAAAUGGGACGCGAUAUGGAAUUUUAAUGAAUAAACGGACGUAAUGAAAUAUUUAAAGAUAUCUAUGCGAUUUCAGUAUGGAAUGAAUUAUGUGUAUUAUUUUAUGAUUUGAUGUUGUUUUUGUAAAUGAAAUAUGACAACCGUUUUAAUGAAUUCUAUAAUUAUUAUUCGCGUAGGAAAACCUCGUCAUAAUAUUAUUUUAGAUCAAUUUUAUAUAAAACACAAGUGAACCGCGAAAAAAUAUAUUAUCAUUUUUAAAUGCAUUUCUAUAUUACAUUUACAAAAAUAACAAAAAUAAAAAUGGCUGCUAACUUAAGUGAGUACUUAAGGUGAUGUUACUUUACUGUUUUUUGUUCUGUCCUUACCAAAACUCCAGUAAAUGAAUACGUUUUUAUUGUAAGUGUGAUGACAAUAUGCCUUGGAUGUAUUUUAUUUUCUGUUCGGGAGAUCUUUGUUCUGUCAGGGGGAUGUCUCCGAUGUAGCUUUCGACAUCCGUUAAACUUAUUUCGAGGUGAAAUAAUUAUUCAAUGGUCGUUUUAAUCAUGGUAUUUUCUCUUUUUUUAAUUGCCAUAAGAAAGUAUAAUUAAUGUCAAACAGAAGAAUUUUUUUUUGUGUUGUUGUUGGCCAUUUGUCGAGUCUAAUUUUAAAUUAUUUUACAAAGGUGUUAUAUUAUUUUCAUUAAUCUUAAGGAUUCUUCACCUGAAAGGUUAAAACGGACUCCGUAAGGUAUAAUUAUAAAUAUGAGUACCUUACUUGCCGCAGACCGCUUCUUUUUAGGAGACAAAGUUUAAAAUAUGUCGAAAUACACAUCUGUGACACCCCCAGACUUAUAUUUUUUUAUUAUGAAAAUAAAUUGUUUAGUUUAAUUCGGUAGCUAACAUCGACGUUCAAAAUUGAAGUACUUAUGAAUUUAGUAAUUUUAUAAUCAUUCACUAUUGAUGGUAUUAAUUAGUUUUAAUAAAAAAAGCCAUCUAGUUGUACCGAAUAUAUCAUACAGUAAAAUUAUUUAUGUGACGGAAAAUUAUGUCUUAUUAUGUUAAGUAGCCGUAAUUUUACGCCAUAAUAAUAAGCCAGUGGUUAAUGGUGAAUGAAUAUGAAAAUCAAUGAAGACAUAAUAAUUGAAUCAUGUAUAAAAAUCAAAACGCAUAAUGUUUUAUUUUGAUUAUUGUGUAAAUAUAAAAUUGUGAGCUCAAUUGUACCGACAACAAAUUGUCCGCAUUGCCUGACGGAUUUAUAUUAAUUUUGCUUGUAUGAAAUACGUAAUUGUUUGCUUGUAGGAAUGUUGUGAAAAAUGUUGGACGAAAUUACAGAGAUACUUUUGUAUAAAUUUAAAAUUAAUUUGCUGAAUAAAAUUCUUAUUUAAAUAAUACUCCUCAAUGCAAUAAAUUCUUGAAACAAAAACUGAUGAAGAAUAUAUUUUUUUUAUUUCAAUAACAAAAUUGAAUUUUAAACAACAUUGAGAAACGAAUAUUGUCAAUAUUUCGUCUAAGUUUUCGUAAAACAACAUUCCAAAUUUCUCUAUCGAUUCAUGACAUUUAUCUAUAUUUAUAUAAAAUUUUCCAAUCUGAAACCAUUGCAAUUUGUACUGUAUCAGUUGUCGAGCAUAACGAGAGUACAAACACGGCAGUUGUUUCGCAGUGAAAACAUAUGCAGCAGAUAAUUAAAUACAAACAGGUGAAUGAUGAAGACCUCGCGAAAUUUCCAAACUCCAUAUCGGGUUAGGUGUAUGGAAAUUUCGCGAGACAAUGAGAGGUUUAGCUUUAGUUAUUUUAGUUACAAUGUAAUAUAUAGAUAAGGAUGAUUUUCUCUCCCACACCCUUUAAGAUCAAUAGAACCACUGUUGAUCAGUGACAGCAUGUUGUGUCGACGUAAAUCAUACAAUCGGGCAUGGCGUUUUUGUUGCGACAUCAAUUUGACUUUUACGGUGAUGUUGUGUAUUACUUUUGCAGUAUAGCUUAGGAAGUGUAUUCAUCGAUAGAAGUAUAAGGUGUCAUAAUCGAAUCGUUGCAAAUAAAUUUCCAAAACAAUUUGAUUGUAAUAAUUGUAUUUUUUUUUUAUCGUGCCCAAAACAUAUGACAAUAUUAGCGUUACGAUUAAUUAGUUUGGGACCAGUGUUGUUUAUUAAUUCUCACAUGUCUUUCGUUAUAUCGAUUAACAUGUGAACUCUACGGAAACGCCAUGCCGUAUCGAUUCUAGUACAAUUAUGAUUAAGAUGUGUGAAACGCAUGCCGAAGUGCCGCCACGUAGCCGCACUAUCAAUUUAGUUCAUAAGACGAACAUACGCGACAGCUGAGUGGUUCCGACAGAUCUGCACAAGAUAAUAUUUUGCUAUAUGUUUCGAAAUUCAAAACGCGGAUUGUGUUACUCUGACGGAUGGAAUUAAAUCUGAUAUUGUUGGCAUAACGUAAAUUAAAAAAUAUAUACUACUUAGUUUUAAAUACAUCUGCUUUUGAGGUAUCGCCAUAUCACCAGUGAAUAAUAGGGCAUAAUAUUUUUGUUUGGCUAAAAUAAAUUGAAUAAAAAAUCUUUAUAAUCCGAAGUGAAUGCCUACAAAAUCGGAAUGUUUCUAUCCAACAAUUACGCCAGUCCGUGUCGGGCGCGGACGACCGUUGCAUAAAUAAAGUUCAAAAUAUUUUUUUAGUAUUCUAUCAUAGUUGUAAGCACUAUCGAAACCUUUUAGUUUAGCUUAGUUGACUUUCUCUUCCAUUUUAGGUGUUAAUUAAGUUUUUUUUUUAAUUAUUAUUAUCUAUAACUUGUUGUCUAUGCGUACUCGGUAUUUAGUAUUUUUUAAGAUUCUCUUUGUAACGUACGCGUAAAAACUGUAAUUUAUUUUGCAAUAUUUGAUGCUCAGAUUUUUUUAUGAAUGGUAUUUUGGAAAAUUUAUGGCACUUACAGUUCGCCGUUGCAUAAUCCUGGAGGUUUUGUACAAUAUGAGGCUUAUUUGUUAUAUUAUGUAUCUAUUUUUUGUUUAUUGUCGAUGGCAACGCUAGCAGCCCAACACUGUACCAUAGAGCAUUUGAUUAAUUUUUCCUUUACUGUUCAAAUGCAUAGAUUAAAAUGAUAUAAUUACAAGAAAGGUCUAAUUAUAAAAAUGAAUAAUAUUAAUUAAAUAUAAAUGUGCCAUUCAUUUUGCUA